CCACUUUUUUUUUUUUUGGCUGUCUUGUUACUCUCUCCUGAUUUACUGCAUGUGCUCACGUGGCCUUGGAAAGGGGGGUUCUCAAACUGUUUUGCUUCCAAAAGGAAAAGAAGCUGGCAGGCAUUCUUAUUUCAGUUCUUGAGUUAUGUAGGUUAAAGCCUCCCAGUGGGAAAAGGGAGAUAUGAGAGAGCAGAUUGCUGGUGGUGAUACUCACAGAAGGAAAAGGGAAAAAGGAGCACAGAAUUCUAGAGCUGCAUCCAGACAAACGGGAGACUUGAGGUGGGGGAUGUGAUAGGAAAGUGCUGCCAGCCCAUGAAUUUCCUGAAGAAACUCCCUUUCCACCAGCACCAACAUGCAGAGCAACUACUCCCUGGUUGUCACCACCAGGGAAAGUCUCCAAGUCCUGUCUACAGCCCUGACAAACUCAUCAGCCGUGUCACACCCAUCCCCUCCCUGUCCCCUCACCUCUUCAGAUUACCAGUUUUCACUCAUUCCAGCCCUCUUCUCUGCAGUUUUUGUUCUUGGCUUGGUUGGCAACAGUGUGGUGGUCGUGGUGCUGUGUCGUCACACUGGCCCCAAGACAGUGGCUAAUAUCUACAUUUUCAACCUGGCUGUGGCAGACCUGCUGUGCCUGGCCACCCUCCCCUUCUGGGCCACCUACUAUGCUCAGGGAUACAACUGGCUCUUCGGGUCUCUCAUGUGCAAGAUCUCCAGUUCUGUCCUGUGUCUCAACAUGUUUGCAAGCAUUUUCUUCAUCACGUGCAUGAGCGUGGACCGGUACCACGCCAUCGUCCAUCCCAUCCACUCCCAGAGGAGAACUCCAAAACAAGCUUAUUUUGUAGCACUGGUUGUGUGGGGGCUGGCCUGUUUGUCCUCCCUCCCAACUUUUUAUUUCAGAGACACUCACUACGUUGAAAGCCUGGAGGUCAAUGCUUGCAUUAUGGCCUUUCCUUACGAGAACUACGCAAAGUGGUCCGUGGCCACCGCCUUCCUGAAAAACACCCUCGGCUUCUUCAUCCCCUUGGCAGUGAUCACCACCUGCUACAUCUGGAUCAGGAGGCACCUGCUGAAAGCACGGCAGUUUGGGAAAAGCAGCCAGAAGAGGGACAAAGUCCUAAAGCUGGUGGCUGCUGUUGUCGUGGCCUUCCUGAUUUCCUGGCUGCCGUUCCACGUUUUGACGUUUCUGAACGCUUUGGCUCACAUGGACAUCAUCGACAGCUGUGAGGUGAUGGGGCUCAUCGACACAGCGCUGCCUUUUGGCAUCUGCAUGGCCUUUGCCAACAGCUGCACCAACCCCCUGCUCUACUGCUUCAUUGGCAACCAGUUCCAGGAGAAGCUGCACCGCCUGUUCAAGAGCAGAGUUCACCAGCUCAACAGCCACCGGGAGAGCUCCUCCAGGAAGGGCAGCUGCCUCAGGGAUGCUGAAACCCCCUUGGGCAAAGAAGGGCAGCCUGAGUCUUUCCUCUAGGCACUGGGGUGGGAUGUGGGGUGAUGCCAGUGCAGGGUCUCUCUGCACUGGUGACAUUCCUCUCUCCUCUUCCCUUUGCUUUGUGCCCAUUCGUUCACCAGCUGUUUGAAGGAGAAUCUGUUUUUGUCAUACAUGGGGAUUUAUUCCUCCUUCCUUUUCACAGCAAGAACUCAAGUUUACACAGAGGGAAGGUUCUGACAAAUAACUACAUUGAUGUAAUUUUAAAAAUCAGCUUUUUUUGUAUGGUUGAGAUCAGGCAAGUGUUAAGUGUAACACAAGAAGUCUGAAUAUACUGAAGGACCAUUACACCAUAGCUACAAUUGCAUAGGUGCUGAGUAUUAGGCCCUAAACUGAUUUUCUAAAAAAGAUUCUCAUUAGAGAAUGUGUAAAUAAAGCAGUGCAGAUACUUCUGUACCAACCUGUAAGAAAAUGUUUUGACAUUUAUUUUGUAUAUUUUAAUUUUUUUUUAAAAUAAAUGACUAGAGAUGUAUAUAAAAUGCA